UUGAUUUUAGUACUUAAAUAGGUAGGUGCCAUCACUAAUAUUCAUUCGUGUUUGGUAUUUAUGAAAGUAGUGCCUAAUAACCCAAAGUAAAGAUUCAUCAUUGCCGGCUUGUCGUCGUUCAUUCAAAUUACAUUUGAUUUCGAGAUAUCCCCGUAAUUAUAACAGCGUCCUGAAUAUUUUCAAUCACCAUGAGUCGCGAAGUGUUAUCACCGUCCGUCCAAAGGAUGAGUCAGAACAGGCGCUAUAGAGUCAACGUUGUUCACGACGACUUCGGUGGCGCCAAGUGGAAUAGUCAAAACAAACUGGCUACACCAGAAAACAAAGCCUACGAGGAGCCAGAUCUUUAUGGUGAUGAUGAUGACGAGGACGAUGAGGCUCUCAAAUAUAUUGAGGAGUCAGCAAGUGGCGAUUUUAGUCUUUCUAUUCAUGUGUCCAAAUCAUUUUACGGUGGACUAAUAGGCAUGAAAGGAUCUACGAAGCGCCGCAUCGAGGAAGAGACCCGAACAGAGAUCUAUGUUCCACGUCAGAACGAGAAGUCAAACGAAGUGACUAUCAGGGCCAAGCAACGCAAUCAACUAUGCGCUGCACUGCGGCAAAUCCGCCAUCUCGUAGCCUCCUUACGUAAAAAAAUGAAACCCACACACUUUUUGGCACUGGCUCUAAACUUUGGAGAAGUCAAGGAGCGUUUUGUGGAGCUAAAGAAAUGCAUUUUGGAGGCCGAGUUGCCAGGCAUCGAUGAGGAGCUAUUCAUAUCGGAGUGCUGCAUCCAUAUUACCUUAGGUAUCUAUGUGCUGCUAGAUGACGGUGAACGCCAAGAAGCCCUCCGGAACCUGGAAUCCUGUCGUCGCUUACUGGAUGGUUCAAAAACACCUUUCGAAGUAAGAGUUAAGGGCCUGGAGAUUAUGAACGACGAUCCAAGCUCUACUAGCGUUCUAUAUGCCCGCAUCGAGUGCCCGGAUCUACAGAAGUUUGCGGAUAACUGUCUGGCCCACUUUCAGACUACAGGCUUGUGCGCUACACACCAUAUUGAACGUAAAUCCAUUAAACUGCACAUGACCGUGAUGAACAAACGCUACGCCAAUGAGGCAAUGAAGUCCGGUAACAGCUUUGACGCCCGCGAGAUUCUUAAGCGCUUUGGAGACUUCGAUUUCGGAGUAGCCCAGUCCCAGGCUGUGCACCUGUGCGUCUUAAAAUCGCGCGGCGAGGAUGAGUUCUAUAAGAAAACCGGUAGUCUCGAGUUCUAAGAACAAUUGAAACAGCGAUUUUUAUGUUUUAAUAAGAACAUUUCAAAAUGCCUCUUUAUAAAAAAAACCUUGGUAACUAA